AUGUCCCCAGCCACUACAACAACAACGGCAGCAACUACCACCACAACCCCAGCCACUACAACAACUACAGGUGCCACCACCACAAAAACAACGGCUUCAACCACCACCACAGCCCCAGCCACAACUACGGCUUCCACCACCCCCAUAUUUGUUGUUUUCAGAUCCAUUCAAAGCAAUUUUACAACAGACUUGUUGAAUUCAUCAUCUGAAGCUUUUAAAACGCGUGCUGGAUUUAUAAAGGCACAGAUUGAACCUCCUUACAGAUUGGCGUUCCCUUCUUCUUUUGUCUCCUUGAAUGUUGUGAGCUUCAGGCAGGGAUCAGUCAUCAACACGAUAGAACUUCGGUUUGUAAACACAUCUGUUCCGAACAAC